AUGGCAAACGCGUACCUGCAAGGAGUAGAGAUCUCAGCAUCUCAGUUCCUGGAUAUAUUCCAUCAUUAUGACAACGAUGGCAAUGGAUAUAUCGAGGGGAAGGAGUUGCAGAAUUUUAUCAGAGAACUUCAACAAGCUCGAAAACAAGCAGGACUGGAACUAACAGACAAGAUGAAAAUUUUUUCACAGCUGGUUCAAAUACUACCUACAGAGGAAAACUUCUUGCUAUUUUUCAGACAACAGCUGAAAUCCUGUGCAGAAUUUAUGAAGGCUUGGAGAAAUUAUGAUGCUGAUCACAGUGGAUACAUCGAAGCUGACGAACUCAAGAAUUUUUUGAAAGACCUGCUUCAGAGGGCUAAAAAACCAUAUGAUGAGAAGAAAUUAGAGGAGUACACACUGACUACGCUGAAAAUUUUCGAUUCAAAUAAAGAUGGGAAAUUAUGUCUGUCAGAAAUGGCACGGCUGUUACCGGACCAGGAGAAUUUUCUACUAAAAUUUCAGGGGGUAAAAAUGGCCAGAAAAGAGUUCAACAAGAUUUUUGAGUUAUAUGAUCAGGACAGGAACGGUUACAUGGACGAAAAUGAACUUGACGCCCUCCUUAAAGACCUUUGUGAGAAAAACAACAAGGUUCUAGAAGUCAGCAAAAUCCCGACGUAUAAGAGCGCCAUCAUGGCUCUGUCUGACGGAGGCAAGCUCUACAGAACAGAGUUAGCGCUGGUGUUGUGCGAAGAGGAGAUGUGAACGCCUCCGUCUGUACUCACACCAUCCCAGAACCCCGUCCUCAGCUCACCUGUGAUGUGUAAAGUAGCUAGAACCCUCUUACGUUCUUUCAUUUUGAAUAUGAAUUUCACUUAGAAAGGCAACCCAGUGGCACAUACUUUUCAAUCUGUUGUUUCUAUACUGUUUCUAAGUGUACAGAUUUUUUAACAAUGGCACACAUACAAUACUUACAACCUACACUGCAUACAUGAACACAUUUCCCUCAACAAAAGAAGAAACCCAACAGGCUACCAUAUCCCCAUCUCAAUUCAAUACCAGAAAUAUCCACCAAUACCUAUUCAGUAAGUAUAUUGAUUUAUCUUACAAUAUCAUAGACAAAAGCAAUAAUGUCCUCAAAGAAUGCUGUUGGUGGGAUCCAGCGUAUAAAACUCCAAAAGGCUGCAUUUACUUUUGCGAUGCAUGUUUGUAACUGACGGCAGGCCCUGCUAGUGGGGUAUUUUUGACUGCAAGCACAUGCCGAAUGUAAUGCAUCGCCCCAGUCCUGUCUCUAAUGUUAGAUUUUGCACU